UUAAAGUUCUAAACCUUCCGUGGAACCCUUAUACAUCAAACGCUGCCGUUUUUUCUCUUCUAUUUAAGCUGUGUAGUUUUCCCGAAACCCUUGACGCAGCGCGUUCCUUCUCUAUCGUCGAGUGAAGAAACAGCUGCAGCUGAGCGGAUCUAAUGGGGGCUUACAAGUACGUGUCUGAGCUAUGGAGGAAGAAGCAAUCCGAUGUGAUGAGUUUCUUGCAGCGUGUGAGGUGCUGGGAGUACCGGCAGCAUCCGUCGAUUGUUCGUGUCACGAGGCCCACUCGCCCUGAUAAGGCUCGCCGAUUGGGGUACAAGGCUAAGCAGGGUUAUGUCGUUUAUCGCGUCCGUGUUAAGCGUGGUGGUAGAAAGAGACCUGUUCCUAAAGGUAUUGUGUAUGGAAAGCCCACAAACCAAGGUGUUACUCAAUUGAAGUUUCAGCGCAGCAAGAGGUCAGUUGCAGAGGAGCGUGCUGGUAGAAAGUUGGGAGGUCUCAGGGUUCUCAACUCUUACUGGAUCAAUGAGGAUUCUACUUACAAGUAUUAUGAAGUAAUACUUGUCGAUGUUGCACACAAUGCCAUUCGCAAUGAUCCAAGGAUCAAUUGGCUCUGCAAUCCUGUUCACAAGCACAGAGAGCUCCGUGGCCUUACUUCUGCGGGGAAAAAGUACAGGGGUCUACGCGGAAAGGGGCACACGCACCACAAGGCUCGCCCUUCUCGCAGAGCAACCUGGAAAAGGAACAACACACUGUCACUUCGUCGCUAUCGCUGAGCAUUGUGUCUUUUCUUGGUGUUUUUGUACUUGCUGGAUUUUGUUUGGAAGACUUGGUAGUUGGAGUUCGGAAUUUUUGAAAGUGAAUUACUGUGGUGUUCUGUCUAGAAACCUUGUUCUUCGAGAAGUUUCUAAUUUCUUGGAUUUUGUAUUGCAUUAACUAUUUCAAAUUUUUAUGUAUCUUUGAAUAAUAUUUUGUAAUUUAUUGUUUCCCAAA